AUGACGUCCCCGCAAAAGCGAUCCUGGCACGACUCGGCGCGACAAUCGGUUCUACUAGAAUUGUCAGUAACGAUCCAACGGAUUGAUUCAAAUAGUGAUCUCAUUGAACUUAGUGCCAGUUUGAAGCAGAAUUGUCCGGACGGUGUCUACAUUAGCUUGAAGCCUGGAAAUCCACUUCAAUGGUCUGGCGUUCUCUUUGCUCGCAGCGGACCCUACGCGCCCGCAAUUCUUCGAUUUCAAAUUCAUUUCCCCCAUGAAUAUCCACACCUCCCACCAACCAUUAACUUUACCACAGACGUCUUUCAUCCACUGAUUACGCCUUUGACUACGUAUACUUAUACAACUGGUUCUGUCGGAUCAGACACUGUCAGUGCUACUGAUGACGAACGCCUUCCACCCGGAAGUUUCAGCCUUCGAUUUGGUUUUCCCAAUUGGUUUGGGCGGGACAAAAGGAUUGGAGCCGUUUUAGGAAAUUCAUCACAGAUCUCAAGUGGUAAUCAGUCUCAGCAGGACUCGAUCAGAGGCUCCCCAGUGCUACGACCAAGCCUGAAAACGCCUAGUGAGACGUCCAAAGUGGAGUCUUUGACUUCAAACUCUACUUUUGAACUCGCCUGUCACACUGCCAGUCGAGCUGCAAAAUCUACUAUGUUCAACGUCUUGAAUUAUAUAAGGCGAUCCUUUGACGAACAAUCGUUCCUCGACGAGGUACCCUUGGAAUCCGCCGGUAAUGCAGGGGCGUGGAAGGCAUGGAGAGCUCAUCGAGCCAGCAGUGGGAUUGUUUUCGGUCACCAAUCAAGCACGGAGCAUACACAUAAAGAUGGUGAGGAAUGGGAUUGGAAUGGGGUCUGGGAAGAUCGAGUACGAAAGGGCAUAGAAUCGAGUGUCGCGGACGCCACGCUUUACGGUGGAAGUAAUACUGACGAUCUGUCCUUGAUAGUGAGAAAGCAACGCCAAAGCAAUUCAAAUACUGCAACAGAAGUCGAAACAAGACUAUCGUCGUCUAAAGCUCCAGGAAUGAUGAGGCGAGAGCCGAUGACGAAGCGCUUAUCAUUGUCAUCAAGUCGUCCGGCCGCCACGAGUAUUGCGCCUAGCUCUGUGCGAUUUAUUAGCAGCGAUGUUUCCGGUGACGCAGAUAGCUUCAAGUACCCCUUACCCUCGACAAUAGGUGGUGUCUCUAUGCAGGGUGGCAGCAUUCGACCACAACCGGUAGCAAAUGGCUAUCUUUUUGCUCGACAGCCAGCACCAUCUGGCAAGCUACGUCGAGGGCCGUCAUUGAAACAACGUCUUGUGUCGCGAGUCCGGAGUGGCAUUUCAGGGAAGCCAGAUCUUCAUGCGACCAUCGAGGGCGAUGAACCGGCUGCUCUGUUCCUCGAGGGCGAAGAUUGCCAACAACUACCUGCUAAAGGUUCCUGUCGUCGAAGCAUCUCAGUCUCAAGUACUUCACAAUGCUUUGGGACGGAAUUGAGCGAUGCGUUGGCUACCUUCCCUGAACCUCCCCGUCCUACGAAUGUAUCCCCAGAAUCUACCGAAGAUUCAUUCUUGACACCUGAGAGCCAGGAGCCUGUCCGAAGAGAUUUGUCAACCCCCUUCCCUGUUCCAGUGCUAAGACCCGAGAUUAAAUUUACACCCGAAUUCGACCACAUAAGCUUUGAAGAAGGUGAAAGCAUGUUCAUUGCUAUAGAUUUCAAGGCAGCAGUUCCGGCAGCUGACCUCUUCCAUAAUCGAAGUAUUAAUCCUGCAACUCUUCAAAUCGCCGUCAUUGUCGAUAAUAGUCCACAUACUUCUCCAACUUCCUUAAUGGCGCACUGCGAGACUACGAGGUUCCUUGCAUCCACGCUCGAUACAGGAGUCGACGAAUUGACAGUCAUCAGCAGUAAUGCUUUGCCAGGUUGCAAUGUUGUUGUCCCUCUUGGUCCACCGAAGAAGGUCAAAAUAAAAUCUGCGCUAGAUUCUAUAGAGACAGGUGCCAGUGACUCUCAACAUUCAAGCAUUGUAUUUUCGUUACAGCUAGCACAAGAUGCCUUGAUUGAACCUCGUUGUGUAGAGGAUCGUGAUGAUGUCCAUCUCGUAUUCAGUCAUAUAUUUCUCCUUACUACUCAUAUUGAUGACUCGUUCUCUCAAUUCAAGCUUGAUGACAGACUCACACUGCAUCUGAUUUGUGCUGCUGCCUUACCGCACGACUUUGAACGUUGGCCACGGACCAAUGGAUGGAAAUUGCGGUCACUGACAGGCAAUGAGCCACCAGCUGAGGCAAAAUUCAAGCCAGAGAACAAUAUUGAUGACCUUUAUAAAGACUUGAUUUCACUCGUCAAGCACGCACGACUGGGCCACGUUCUAGGUCAUCUGAAGAAUAUUGACUGGGAUUUCAUACCUGGAAAAGAUUUUGUCAUUGAGGAGGUCUUUGGUGGCCGUAUGAUAGCGUCACUACAGCCUGGCGAGGUCCAGUCUCUCAUCCUCAAGAUCAGUUGCAGAAGGCCGAAGAAUGCCGAGGCGUGGAUUCCCAGGAAAACACCAGAGCCAGACAACAAAGACCUGUUUGCAGAGCUCGAGCGGGUGCUGAUUGGUUUUGCGACUACGCCGGUUUUGGGAGCUGCAGCCUGCUAUAACCACCCCAUGCUACCCAACGAUACAGGGUGUAGCGUCCUGAAGCCUUGCCGUGUGAAAUGCUUUAUCAAUCCAUUAGGAAAUACAAAGCUUGUCAGGAGACCAGACUCUGAAUUAGACAGCACUCAAAGAGUCGUUGUGCAGCAGCGUCUCGCUUACUAUUAUCACACAAAGCUACGACCAGGGAACGCCAUGACCGCGUUGCAAAAAGUGAUUGAGGAGGGAGACGGUCGCCUAGCAUGCCCCAGCUAUGUUGCACUCCUAAUGAAGGAGCAGCAAUUCCAAGCACGUGCAGAUAGACGGAAGUCCUUCGCAAAUUCGCCCGUCAAGUCUACACGAUCUUCGCCUUUGUCUUGUGAGCAGGCUCCAGCUAAUACCGGCGGCAAGGUCAUGAAGACUCCAAGGUCUCCUUUGGCUCAUAGGACGCCAUCCAUGACAAAGAGUACCGUGCAAGCGACAGGCUCGCCACAAGCUCAUCUCAUGCCACCUGAUGGAAAGGAAAAUUUUGCGGCAUCUGAUGAACAUAAGUCCGACCCAGCCAGGCAGAUCUGGACCGAUCUAAGGCUGAAAGCGAGACCAAAUGGACGAUCCGCUUCAGAUCAACCGGCAACGCCCCAGGCACACGACGAGAAAUCCACUACCCUUAGAGAGACCGCCGUGAAGAACCGGCGCAGCAUUGGCGCAGAUACUGUACGGAGUCUGUCGUCAUCCCUGAGAGGCUCGAUGGGACUCGCUGCCCCGUGGCUUUGA